AUGGAAGACGAGAAUGCCGUCGACCCCGUUCUGCAACUGCAGCGGAUCCGCGCCCAACGCGCGGCUGCCGCGGGCUGGUACCAGGCGCCAACCGCCGGCGGUGGGUGGCAGUGGAAGCACCGGGUUACCGGCCAAACCGUCCACAGCUCCCUUGACCCCGAGACGUUCGGGAACAAGGACGAAAAGAACAAAACGCAGACCUCGGAGAAGGCGAAAAUUGCGCAGAAGCGCGAGGAGCUAAUCGCGAAGCAAAAGCAGAAGGAGGAGGAGGACAAACUGUCGCGGCUCCCACCCGCCCUGCGAAAGCGACUGGAGGCGCGAGGGGUGAUAAAAGCGGGCGGGGCCGCUCCGGCACCAGCUCCCGCGGCAAAGGCGGUGCAGAGCGACUCCGACAGUAGCGACGACAGCAGCGACGAAGAAGCAAAAAGGAAAAAGAAGCCCAUGCUCCCCCCCGGGGGCGGGCCGGCGUCCAAGGUUCCGAAGGCCAAGCCGCCGACCGCUGCGGCGUCUGCCAGUGCGAAUCUGGAUUUGGCGACCUCAUUGCUGAAGAAUGCGGCCGUAGCCGCCGCGAAGCAGGUCCUAGCCGCGCCCGACGAGGACACUUCCCUGGAAAACGAGCCGCUGCCGAAGGGCUGGGAGAAGGCCAAGCACGGCGACAAAGUGUAUUACUGGAAUCCGUUGACUGGCGAAACGACGUACACGCACCCCGCGGCGCGGAAAAAGGAAGAAAGCGACAGCGCGCACGCAAAUGUGUCGUCGAAAAAGGACAGCGCGGACGUCGGCGGCCGGAAGAUAUUCACGGAGGAGGAAACCGUUCUCAUUUGCGAGCAGGAUUUAGGCCGCGUGAUCGGGAAGCAGGGCGCGAACGUCCGGUUGCUGCAGGCGUGCUUGGGGGGGCGAGACGCCGCGCAGAUCAUCAUGCCGAAGAAGCAGGACAAGCCGGACGCUGUCGCACUGAACGGGAAACCGGCGUUCACGGUGAAAAUCCAGUCCGGAUCGGCAGCUCUGUCGAAGAAGGGAAAAAAUGCAAUAUCUCUGUUCAUGACGGGCAGUCUGAAGAAAAAGAUGGAGGAGUGCAUCAAGCAGGCGGGCCUGAAGCUCGUAAAGCCCGAGCCGCCGAAGGGCAAACAGGCGGAGCCGGAUGGCGGUGCCGCGCCAGGGGGGCCCGACGGAGCGCCGGCGGUUCCGGGUGGAGACCAGUCAAACAAAAGACCAAACGCGGACCCGUUCAACAGCGCGGCAGCGUGGGCCGCGCAGCCAGGGGGUAGCGCGCCGAAACACGACCCGUUUGACGCUGCUGGCGCGUGGGCGAAGAGAGCGCGGAAACACGAGGACGCGAAGAAGAGCAACGUGGACCUGAUGGAUCCCUCGGCGUACUGUGAUGCUCCGAAAGGUGGCUGGGGCACAGGUAUGAAAAAGACGGAGCAUGGCGACGACGUGGAUUUCCAUCAGUACAGAUGA